AAAAAGGUGCUGCCCUGUGUAAAGGCAUACAUCACGGCGACAUUCUAAAUUACUACAAGCGAAGUGUUAUCAUUGUAUGCGGUGUGCCUGUAUAUACUGGGUGGAUAAAAUGUUAAAUAAAUCUUUCUAUCAUUUGGGCGUUUUAAUUGCGAAACAUCCUGGCUAUUUUAUCAUAAUACCAGUGCUGUUGACCAUGCUCUGCAUGACUGGCUACCAACAGUUAAAAUAUCAAAUCGAUCCCGAAUAUUUAUUUUCCCCCAUCAAUGGAGAGGGUAAGGCUGAACGCGCGGUUGUCGAAAACUACUUCAAAGUCAAUUACACGCAUAGAUUUAAUGUGGGACGUAUAACUAGACCGGGUCGUUUCGGACGUGUCAUUGUUAUACCCAAAGAUGGCAACGAUAAUAUGUUGCGCCGUGAGACCUUCCAAGAAUUGCGACAUCUGGACGAUCUCAUACAGAAUGCAACAGUCGAAUAUGAAGGUGAAAUAUUCACAUACAAGGAUGCAUGUGCGCGCUGGGAGAAUGAAUGCUUUCAGAAUGAUAUAUUGAAUUUAGAUUUCAUAAUGGACGAUAUUGAAUCCGGCGAACUGAAUCUCACUUUYCCAAUUAUGUUUAAUCCGGUCACGUGGGAUGCGCACGCCUUUCCAGUCUUCUUUGGCGGCACAAAAUUGACGGAGGAUAAUAUAAUUAUUAGCGUACCGGCGAUACAGUUAGUUUAUUUUGUGACUGCGGACACUAAACGGCAAGACGCAAAAGGUGCCGAAUGGGAAGAGACUUUCCUGAAAGUUGUGGGAAAAGCGGAAAACUCAGGUCUCUUCAAACACAUAUCAGUCUCAUACUUCGCCUCGCGCACUUUGGAUCAUGAGUUGGAGAAGAAUACGCGUACCGUAGUGCCAUAUUUUAGCUCAACAUUUGCGUUAAUGGCGCUAUUUAGCGUCAUCACGUGCAUGAUGGGCGACGCYGUGCGCUCCAAACCAUGGCUUGGUUUAAUGGGCAACAUAUCAGCAAUCAUGGCCACUUGUGCGGCCUUCGGUCUGGCCAUGUAUUGUGGCAUUGAAUUUAUCGGUAUCAAUUUGGCAGCGCCCUUCCUAAUGAUAGGCAUCGGCAUUGACGACACAUUCGUGAUGUUGGCCGGCUGGCGGCGCACACCCGCCAAAAUGCCCGUAGCCGAACGUAUGGGCCACAUGAUGUCUGAAGCCGCCGUCUCCAUAACAAUUACAUCGCUCACCGAUCUGUUCUCAUUUUGGAUUGGCAUCAUUAGUCCGUUCCGUUCGGUGCAGAUUUUCUGCACCUAUUCGGUAUUCGCUGUUGUCUUCACUUUCGUAUGGCACAUCACUUUCUUCGCCGCCUGCAUGGCGAUAUCGGGCUACAGGGAGCGACACAACUUGCACGCGAUCUUCGGCUGUAAAGUGCAGGCAAUGUCCGUGGCCAUAAAAGAAAAACGCAACUUCUUGUACAAAGCCAUCAUGGCGGGCGGCAUCAAUCGCGACGAUCCCGACAAUCCCAUCGACAACAAAGAUCACAUGUUUAUGGCAUUUUUCAAGGAUCAUCUGGCCGCUGUGAUUAACAAUAAAUGGUGCAAAAUGCUAAUYAUACUGAUAUUUGCAACCUAUCUAGCUGGCGCUUGUUAUGGACUCACACAGAUUAAAGAGGGUUUGGAGCGUCGUAAACUAUCAAAGGCUGAUUCCUACUCUGUGGAGUUUUUCGAUCGUGAGGAUGAGUAUUAUCGCGAGUUUCCAUAUCGCAUGCAGGUGAUCAUCACUGGCGAUCUGAACUAUUCCGAUCCCAUUGUGCUAGAUCAAAUCGAGGAGCUGACACGCACACUUGAGAACACAUCGUAUGUCACCUCAUCGCUAUAUACCGAAUCGUGGAUACGUUCGUUCCGUUCGUUUGUCGAUCGCAAYAAUGACUAUCUCAAUUUGACCAUCGAUGAUGAGCAAUCGUUUAUUGAYGCUGUCAAGGARCAUUGGCUUUUCCCCGGCAAUCCAUUUUCGCUCGAUGUCAAAUUCAAUGAAGAUGAGACGCGCAUUAUCGCUUCACGUUUUCUCAUACAAGCCGUAAAUAUCACCGAUACGAAUCACGAGAAGGAGAUGGUGCGUGAUUUGCGCAAGAUUUGUAAAGAUUCGCCGCUGAACGCCUCAAUAUUCCAUCCGUAUUUCGUGUUCUUCGAUCAAUUUGAGCUUGUGCGUCCGACUUCGAUACAGUCAAUGAUCGUUGGUGCGCUCAUAAUGAUGAUCAUAUCAUUCAUCUUUAUACCGAACAUACUAUGCUCGCUGUGGGUGGCCUUUUCGAUCAUUUCGAUUGAGUUGGGCGUUGCUGGCUACAUGGCUUUGUGGGAUGUGAAUCUCGAUUCGAUUUCUAUGAUCAAUCUAAUUAUGUGCAUUGGCUUYUCAGUAGACUUUACCGCACACAUUUGUUACACUUACAUGUCGUCGAAGAAGCGCAGCCCUAAGGCGCGCGUWCGCGAAGCRCUACACUCACUCGGCUUGCCAAUCGUGCAAGGUUCCACCUCCACCAUACUUGGYAUUAUAGCGCUAUUGCUGGCGCAGAGCUACAUCUUCCUAGUUUUCUUCAAAAUGGUAUUCCUCGUGAUAUUCUUCGGUGCAAUGCAUGGACUCUUCCUGCUGCCCGUGCUGUUGUCACUAUUCGGACCCGGCUCUUGGCAAACUUGGUCUGGCACAGAUGUGGGUGACGAUAAUGAUGAAAUUACCGACGUGGAAAGUCCCAUGAAGCUCUCUACUAUGGACAAAUUGAGUUCAUACUACUUGCAACAGCAUACACCUUUAGGCCUACCCAUGCCUUAUAGCACCGGCAAAGGUUUUCUGGGUGCGCCCUAUAAAGCUUACGGCGACGAAAAGGAUUUGGGUAUCGGCACAUCUGGUGAGGACUCCUCUGAGUCCAGCUCCAGUCGUUCACAACGCCGUCAAGCGSUCGAAGACGAACACACACGCCGCCGUUAUGAAGAGGGCUGGCGUCGCUCAUCCUACCACAAUCUCUACACCAACUCGCAAUCACAAUUCCAGCCCAGCGCCGAUCUCUACGGUCAACAAGUAACCGCACAAGAGUGGCGUGCGCGUCUCGAAGACGAGCAAGAGCAGCGCAAACGUAGCGUGAUCGGUUUGCGCGCCUACGACAACUUCGCGGCCGACUUUAUGCACAUGCAACGCCGUCACCCCACACACGGUGAAGAUGUGAUCGACACUCCUGCCGCCGCACAYUACACGCCCACAUCAUCGCUAGACGAACGUUCGCGACGCAAGUAUCGGCCCGCCAUAAAUGCCGCGACAGCAGUCACAAAUACGCCACAGAGCGCUGGUAGCGGCGACGACAGUAGCUAUCAUCAGCGCAUGAGCGCGCCAACAGCCACAACGACUCCAGCCGUGAAACGUUACCAUCGUCGACGCUCGUCGGAGGAUUCAACACGUCAUUAUCAACGUUGGCCGCCAUCCAACAUUGAAGAGCGUUACGCACGUCGUUAUGCCAACAACAAUACACGCGACGAUAGCGCGGCUUAUGCGCCCGGGCAUGCUAACUCCUCCUCAUCAGCCGCCGCCGCCGUCAAUGCUUACCGCCCACACCCGCCAAUGCGCUCCUCAUCGCAUCACAAUUUGUACUAUCCCAACAAUGUGCAGCAUCCACCAACAUACCAAUAUGGCGGCGCUUACUACAAAUGAUCGUASUGAUGGAGAGAGAGUGAAAAAGGGAAAAGAGCGCGCGCAUAAGAGUAGCGCUUUUGUAAACGCAAUAAAUGUAGCGAGGACACAAACCUCUUUUGCACUUCAUUGAACUAUGCACCGUGCCAGUAACGAACUGGACAUUUUAUGUAUGAAAAAAGCUCAUUGUGGUUUUUUAUAAAUCUAGU